CCCUGAUGUCUAUUCUCUAUGUCCAUGCCAUGCACCUUAAGCCACGCCCAUCACUAUGACGUUUCUCGAGUUGAAUCAGGUUGUGCUGUCGAGUAAGUUAGGAGUGGUUAGGGUUCAGGAGAUGGAAAGCCAGCGCAGCUAGUAAAUUCAAUGUUCGGCGCCGCCAGCAGCAAUAUGAACGUUCGUAUUGUGUCUUAAGAAAUCGCGCGAAAAAAUUGCUGUCAGGUAAUAGUUAAGAUUUAUUGCCACCAAUCUCAGUUUUCCACGAGAUCAGUGAGUGUUUUAUUCUUGUGAGUUCAAGUUUACUUACCAACCUACACACGUGGAUAAUAAUUACUACAUUUAAAGUUGACCAGUUCCUGAGUUAGAGAUAUACGCAGUUGGAAUAGUGGUUUUUCGUCUGCUUCGAGAAAUACCUUUUUGUGAAAGGAGUUUCUCGUCCUAGUCUAAGAUGUCACAUCACAGUGAUGAUAAUAUGCUAAUAGCUACUUCGGAUUCUUUCUGGGAACCGGGGAACUAUAAGCGCACAACAAAAAGGAUUGAGGACGGUCAUAAACUUUGCGAUAGUCUAAUACAGCUUGUACAAGAGAGAGCGGAAAUCGAGAAGAACUACGCGAAAGCUCUCAAAAGUUGGUCAAAAAAUUGGAACGAUAAGAUAGAGAAGGGACCCGAAUAUGGCACCACAGAAGCUGCGUGGAAGGGUGUUUUAGUUGAAUCCGAUAGGUUAUGCGAUCUGCACCUCAAAGUUAAGGAAAACCUCUGUAACGAUAUAAUACAACAGAUUAAAACGUGGCAGAAAGACACCUAUCACAAGUCAAUGAUGACGUUAAAGGAACGCAAGGAAAUGGAAGAUGCAUUUAAAAAAGCUCAGAAGCCAUGGGCGAAAAUUUUGCAGAAAGUGGAGAAAGCCAAGGCAGAGUAUCAUAAUAGUUGCAAAACUGAACGCACAGCGGCAAAUAUGGAACGGAACGCAUCCGCCGAUAGUUCACUCUCGCCUGAUCAGAAAGCUCUGCUGGUGAAGAAGAUGCAGGAUAGGGUGCAAAAAACCAAGAUAGAAGUGCUGAACGCGAAAGAAAAGUACGAAGCGGCCCUCCAAGAAAUCAACUCUUAUAAUCCAAAAUACAUGGAGGAUAUGACACAAGUCUUUGAAAAAUGUCAAGAGAUGGAAGCCCAGAGACUACAGUUUUUCAAAGACGUACUUUUUGGAAUCCACAAAUGUCUCAACAUAUCCCAGGAUCCAGUGCUGCCGCAAAUAUAUGAAGAGUUUUAUCACACGAUCAACAAUGCGGAUCACGAAAAAGACCUAAAGUGGUGGUCCAAUAAUCACGGAGUAAAUAUGGCCAUGAACUGGCCACAAUUUGAGGAUUACACAGAGGAGUUCCGAGACAUCACAAAGGGGUCGAAAUCAAAGGAGGCCUUGCCAGCAGGUUCCAUCACACUCAUCAAUCAACGACCAGUAGGCGAGGAUUCGCAUGAUUUUUCUCCGGUUAACGACAAAGUGAAACCGAAACCCGUCGGUAGGAUAAUAUCGACAGAUACAAAUCACGGAGACUCUAAAUCAGACAAUAUCUGUUCGACGAAAGAAUCUUCUGAAAAACUUAAUCACGAGGACCAUGUUGUUAGCAGGAGUUCCACAAUCACAAAUGGCACUAAUGCAAAGCAAGUAUCAAAUCCUUUCGAGGAAGAGGAGUGGGACGAGGAUGUUGGGGAGCCGUUGGUAGACAACGGAGAGCCGGGAGUGCCGGUUCGAGCACUUUACGAUUACGAAGGAGCAGAAGCAGACGAGCUCAGUUUUAAACAAGCAGAUUCGCAAUUUGACCUUCACUCGAUUCUCAUGUAUCAAAGGGAGAGCAUUGCUGUUACGUUUCUGUUCCUACCUGCUCAAUUUUUUCUUACCUUGAUAAAGGUGCUGCAUGAGUAUCAAAACGUUGCACAGUGGUACCUGUCAAUGGAACAGUGGGACAUGGCGACUUUUUCGAAAAACUAGAGGACGAGGACGAACAAGGUUGGUGCAAGGGAAGAAAAGACGGCCGCGUAGGACUCUAUCCUGCGAAUUACGUGGACAUAGUCUCUCAGUAGAUCUAUGAAGCCAAGUCGAAGAACUACUUAUAAUUAAUUGUAAUUAAGAAUUCCCUUUCUCCUCUCCUAAAUGUCAUGCGUUCUCAAAAAUUCUUUGGCGAGAGAAAAAGCUGUAGAAGAAAGAGAAAACCCUUAAAGAACAGAACUGUCCAUUCUAAAAUUACAUUGGCGCACAAAAUCUCUUUAAAAAUUGAUUUGAGAGUCACUUUUUUUUCUCAUAUUCAAUUAAAUUAAACUGUUGUGUAAAAAGUAUUUUUGUUUUGUUUUUUGUUUUGAAAAAAACUUCUGAUUCCUUCUGCAGAGAUUCUCCUCGCUGACCUAUGAAAGAAAAAAACUUCCGAAAAGUUAAUUGUGUAUAGAUAGGGCGUUAAAUCCGGCGUUGAAUCCGUAUUGUUAGCUUUAGAGGAUCAAUGAUAGAGAAAUGCUGAUUCAAGUGUAGAAAUGAUGUACAGUCGUGUGCUUUCAACCUUUAAUUUUCAUUAUUACACCCACAUAAACACAGACGUUUAUUGGUGAUUCUCCAUCAACAGAUAACUUUGUACUAAAAUACCUAUUUCGAAUGUACAUUUUUUUCUGCAGUAACUUGUGUUAGUUCAGUGACUAAAAAGAUAGUAUAACUCUGGAUAUUUGAGUAUAUAAUUUAGUUUAAAGUAUUUGGUUCAGAAAAUUACAGCAACAAAAUUAAAGCUCUAUCUUUGACUCGGUAUUGUCGAUACCUUAAAUGGCAACAGUAGCUAACAAACCGACAGAAAUUAGAUAUCUUAUUUGUAAAUUAGUAUAAUUUAGGUAUUAAAACACCUGUUCAGAUUUACUA